UCCACCAUCAAAACCUUUCAAAUCUUUCAACAAAUCAGCUUUCACACCCUCACCAACCAAAUGGCUCGUACCAAACAAACCGCCAGAAAAUCAACCGGAGGAAAGGCUCCAAGAAAACAACUGGCAACAAAGGCCGCUAGAAAAUCUGCUCCAGCCACCGGAGGAGUGAAGAAGCCACACAGGUUCAGGCCCGGAACCGUUGCGUUGAGGGAGAUCAGGAAGUACCAGAAGAGCACUGAGUUGUUGAUCAGGAAGCUUCCGUUUCAGAGGCUGGUGAGAGAAAUCGCUCAGGAUUUCAAAACUGAUUUGCGGUUCCAGAGCUCUGCUGUUGCUGCUCUUCAGGAGGCUGCUGAGGCUUAUUUGGUUGGGCUGUUUGAGGACACUAAUUUGUGUGCGAUUCAUGCCAAGAGGGUUACCAUCAUGCCGAAAGAUAUGCAGCUUGCGAGGAGGAUUCGUGGGGAAAGGGCUUAGGGUUAUGGUUUUUGUUUAAUUAAUACAUUUUGUGGUACUGGUUACCGUAUGUUGAAGUAGCUGUUAGAUCUUAUUUUAGGGUUUGUAAUUUCGUAUGUUUGUGGACAAACGAUCGUUGUCUUAUUGGUUUUAAUGAAGUUUUAUGUUAAUUGUUA